CCUUUUAACUCGACUUGCCUACCUUACCAGCCAGCUGUCAACCCCAAGGGAAAAAAAAUUAAAAAAAAAAAUUCCGGCCAAGGUUGCAGAGCUGCCUACCAUUGAUCAUCUCUCUCCUCAUUAGCAAAUUGACUCGAAAUAGCUACAACUCCCAAGGUACCCCAGACCUGGGUUCAAACAACCCGUUUGAAACAGUUUCUUUUCAGUAAACAACGAAAACGCCACAACUCUUCUUCCAACAAACACAAACACACCACAAACAAAAAGUUGCAGCAAAAUCGCGGGCCUCCCCCAAAACCGCUUGCUUCCCUCCGUAGCCGCAAUGGCCACAGCACUAGGAUCGGCAGACAAGUACUCGUCGACGGUGAUACUGUCGACGAGCCUGGUCGCGCUCGUUUCGGGCUUCCUGCUGGGCGUCUACAGCAUCCGCGGCUACCUCGUGUCGCCCGACCUGGCCGAGGAGCGCCGCCGCAACUUUCGCGACCCCGAGGAGAGCGAAGAGUCCGACAUUGACGAGGACGACACCAUCCUCGACCACGCUCCCAACUGGAGCAACGGCGCAGAGGCCGACAGGAGGGAUGGUCUGCGCGCGACUGCGGCGGCGGGGAAGAAGGACAAGAAGUCAAGCGGUCAAGCCAAGGAUGCGGGAGAGGUCAACGCUGGUACGGAUGAGAAGGAGGAGUGCAAGCUAGUGUUGGUGGUGAGGACGGAUCUGGGCAUGACCAAAGGCAAAAUCGCCGCCCAAUGCUCCCACGCGACCCUAGCCUGCUACAAGGUCCUGAGCCGCGCCGCAACCAAAUCCGACGCGGCGGCCCGCCUCCUCCGCCGCUGGGAGCGCAUGGGCCAGGCCAAGAUCGCCGUCCAGGUAAAGAGCCAGGAGGAGCUCGAGGAGCUGCAGGGCGUCGCGCGCAGCCUGGGCGUCACGGCCGAGGCCAUUCACGACGCCGGCAGGACCCAGAUCGCCGCCGGCAGCAUGACAGUCCUGGGCGUCGGCCCCGCCCCCAAGAGUCUGGUCGAUCAGAUUACGGGAAAGCUCAAGUUGUUGGUGGAAAACUCUUUAUCAAAGGUCGCGAAAGGGCGUUUUGGCGAGCUAUCUUGGUAUUGUUGCCUUGGGAACUGGAAUUUUACGAGGGGCAAACGCGCAGCUGUCAUCAGCCUUGAACAGGAAUCGCCUCAUUAA